ACACUCCAGGGACUGCCCCGGGUUGGGUCCCUGCACACCCUCCUGGCUGGGGAAUGGGGUGGCGUUUCGGUGGGUUGUGGGGCGGCCGUGUCUGGAGGGCGGCUGUCUUGCAGGGCACUGCGGCAUGUGCCAUGGGGGACUGGAGCCUGCUGGGGCGGCUGCUGGAGAGCGCCCAGGAGCACUCCACAGUGGUGGGGAAGGUCUGGCUCACCGUCCUCUUCGUCUUCCGCAUCCUGGUGCUGGGGGCGGCUGCUGAGCGGGUCUGGGGCGACGAGCUGUCUGGCUUCUCCUGCGACACACAGCAGCCUGGCUGCCAGAAUGCCUGCUACGACAGCACCUUCCCCAUCUCCCACCUCCGCUUCUGGGUCCUGCAGAUUAUCUUUGUCUCUACCCCGAGUCUCGUGUACCUGGGCCACAUCCUGCACCUGGUGCAUCUAGAGGAGAAGGCGCAGCAGCAAGCGGCGGCACAGGCUGGCAGUGGGGCCAGGCGGCAGCGCCCCAGGCAGCCCCGGCUCCCUGCGGGGCACACGCGGGGACAGGUCUGCAUGCGGGGAGCCAUCCUGAGGACAUACGUCUGCAACAUCGUCUUCAAGGCUCUCUUGGAAGUGGGCUUCAUUGUGGGCCAGUAUGCCUUGUACGGGUUCCAGCUGAAGCCCCUCUACACCUGUAGCCGCUGGCCCUGCCCCAACACCGUCAACUGCUACAUCUCCCGGCCCACUGAGAAGACCAUCUUCAUUCUCUUCAUGCUGGGGGUGGCCUGUGUGUCCCUGCUGCUCAACCUGGUGGAGAUCUACCACCUGGGUCUCACCAAGUGUUGGCAGGGGCCAGGCCCCAAGUCCCACAUCCUGCCCAGUCCUGGUGGCCCUGCAGGGCCCCGCAGCACCCGCGUCACCCUGCCCAGCAGUGGCAGCCCUGUGGCUGCUGGCAGACCCCUCCAUGGCGUGGCACCCCUGGGGAAGGCAGGUGUAUGGCUGGGGGUGGCCAGUGGGUCCCACACGAAGGUGCAAGCCGCAGACCUGGCAGUGUGA